AGAUUAAAAAUCGAAAGACAAGUUUAAGGCCGGUAUUUAGUGUCGUUGCUUGUUCUUAAGAUCGCCGUAAGCAUUUGCUCGAGUUCCUGUUUUCUGUACAAGACAGAAAUAUGGGAUAGACAGGGAUAGGAAAUACUUAAGACGAUCUUAAAUAUAAGCAACGACUCUGAAUACAGAACGAGCAAAAAGUUAUAUAAGUUGCGAUGCGCGCAACGUUGUGCGUACAGUAAUUCACCGUCCAUUUCAGUGACCAGUUAUUUGAUUAUCAUUGGGCGGUAUAAUUCCCUGGGUCUUGAGUAAAUGCUUAAGACGAUCUUAAAAGCGAACGAGGGCCUCGUUCCGAGUAUAUGCAUCAGUCACGUUUGACACCAUUCGUGCGCGAAUAAACAAGCUCCACGUAAAUCCGAUCCGAUUUUGAUGCCUGCUAUCAAGCUAAGGGCUACGUGUAUGUAUAGUAAACGUUAUCAGUAGACAACCGGUUCCGAACGCUAUAGUACGUCACGUGGAACUAGUGACAGUACGUCAUAGUAGCUUGUAGUGCGCAUGGGUAACAGAUCCGACAACGUGCCGCCGUCACCAAUCACCUUAGAGCAUAAUAUGCUCUAAGCCAAUCACUGUGCUGGGUGAAUGGGUGAAGCCGACCGAAGCCGACCAGCCGACUGUCGUCUCUCGUUCGAUCUUUUUCGCUCUUUGGUCGUGUUCCACGGUGGCGAUACUGGCGAUACGUGUGCUAGUUAACAGCAGCAUCGAGCAAUAAAAAUGGUGGCGCAAAAGAAACAGAAAAAAUCCCAGGAAGGUAUCAACUCCAGGUUGGCCCUUGUCAUGAAGUCGGGAAAAUACGUGUUAGGUUAUAAGCAGACCCUCAAGUCCCUCCGGCAAGGAAAAGCGAAAUUGGUUAUCAUUGCCAAUAACACUCCUCCUCUAAGGAAAUCUGAGAUAGAGUAUUACGCUAUGUUGGCAAAAACUGGCGUACAUCACUAUGUUGGAAAUAACAUAGAAUUGGGCACUGCGUGCGGUAAAUAUUUCCGUGUCUGUACCCUCUCCAUUACAGAUCCUGGGAAUUCUGAUAUUAUUAAAUCUAUGCCUACUGGUGAACAAGCAUAAGCAUAUAUUUCCGAUUUAAUAAAAUUUUCAUAAAAACAAA